AUGAAUUCUCCGUUACUUAGUGUAGGUUGUCGACUUGGACCAUCAUGUAUUUCAGUACUUAGUCGAGUAGCAACUCAUCGAACCGCUACAACAGCAUCAUCAUUAGCUACAGCACCAGUGACAUCUGAAUCAAAUACAAAUGAACAAAAGUCAAAGUCGAAAGAACAACAAAAUCUUUCGUCAACAUCCAAAGAAAAGGCUGUUAAAACUGAUAAACAACCUCGAACAUCAAAUUCAUUUGUUUUGAAUUUAUUUCGUGGUCAAUUUCAUCCUAAUGAACUAUUUCCAUAUCCUAAUGUACUUAAUGAAGAACAAAAGGAUAAUGUAAAAAUGCUUAUUGAUCCCAUAUGGAAAUUUUUUGAAGAAAAAAAUGAUCCAGCUAAAAAUGAUAUGAAUGAAAAAAUUCCAGAUGAAGUUAUGAAUGGUUUAAAAGAACAAGGUGCUUUUGGUAUUCAAGUACCUGUUGAAUUAGGUGGUCUUGGUUUAACUAAUACACAAGCAGCACGUCUUUUUGAAAUUGUAACUGGUCAUGAUCUUGCUAUUUCAAUUUGUGUCGGUGCUCAUCAAUCUAUUGGUUUUAAAGGCAUUCUUUUAUUUGGUACUGAUGCACAAAAACAAAAAUAUUUACCAAAAUUAGCUGCUGGUGAACACAUAGCAGCAUUUUCUUUAACUGAACCAGCAACGGGUAGUGAUGCUGCUUCAAUAAAAACUAAAGCUGAACUUUCAUCAGAUGGUAAAUAUUAUAUUUUAAAUGGUUCAAAAAUUUGGACAUCUAAUGGUGGUAUUGCUGAUGUAUUUACGGUAUUUGCCCAAGUACCUGCUGUUGAUGAUAAGACAGGUCAAGUACAAAAUCAAAUGACAGCUUUUAUUGUUGAAAGAAAAUUUGGUGGUGUUACAAAUGGACCACCAGAAAAAAAGAUGGGUAUUAAAGCAUCAAAUACAACUGAAGUUUUUUUUGAAGAUUGUAAAGUUCCUGUUGAAAAUGUACUUGGUGGUGUUGGAAAUGGAUUUAAAGUUGCUAUGAAUAUUUUAAAUAAUGGUCGAUUUGGUAUGGUAGUUGGUUUAUCAGGAACAAUGAAAAUGGCUAUUCGAAAAUCGAUUGAUUUUGCUAAACAUCGCCGUCAAUUUGGUCGUACAAUUGAUACAUAUGGUAAUAUUCAAGAAAAACUUGUACGAAUGGAAAUGAGACAAUAUGUUACUGAAAGUCUUGGAUUUCUUUUGGCACAAAAUAUGGAUCGUGGAAUACCUGAAUAUCAAUGUGAAGCAGCCAUUGGAAAAGUAUUUGCAUCCGAAUCAGCAUGGUAUGUACUUGAUGAAGCAAUACAAAUUCAUGGUGGAAUGGGUUUUAGGAGAAGCACUGGUCUUGAACGUGUUUUACGUGAUUUACGUAUCUUUCGUAUAUUCGAAGGUGCUAAUGAUAUUCUUCGUCUAUUUGUUGGUUUUACUGGUUUACAAUAUGUUGGUUCACAUUUACGUGAAUUACAAAAUNCAUCGUAG